CGCGUCGUGGCCAAGCAUGCGAGUCUUGCUGCUCGCAAAAGUAGCAUCCACCCACAUUUGUAUUAUACUGUACAUAGUAGGUACAUAUAUCCACCAUUGUGACUGCCUCGGGACGUUGUUAUAGAUUUCAAGAACGCCUGCUUCACAACUUGUUUGCAAGUCCGCUCUCCUUCGCCCACCUGCUUCUGCGACUUUUGGCAAGUUCACCAUCCAUUGCCCGUCUGUCCCGAUAUGUCUGCCACCGAAACGUCAGACCCACAGAAUACCAACUCCUCCCAGGCUUCUACGAUGAGCAAAGACGAGAAACAUAGUACGACGUCAAACUGGGAUGCGAAAACAAUGUCAUGGACGACCUUUGAAAGACGUACUGGGUGUACGGUUUAUGAGCGCCAACAGCCCCUGUUGCUCGAAUUGCUGAGGCGCGGCGUUUAUUGGACCACCGACUCCAUAACAGGGUUAUCUGGCCCUGAUCUAACCCGUAUGAGGGAAGCAAUCGAAAUCCUUCGCUAUUACAACUAUUCGCGUCGGUCGUACCCCGCCUGCAUAUCGAAGAUCGCCGAUGCCCGGCAGUUCAGUUCGGAUAUCGACAUAAUUAAACACAUGCUGGACCGCGAACUUCACGACCCUCAUCAUCUGAGGUUGAGGGAGGCUUCGCGCAGAAAAUUCGCCCUCUCUCGUCUGAGGCACGAGUGCCACCAAGCGGUCAUUCACAUGGGCUACCGGCCCUCCGAGACUGAGGUUCCUUUGGAUCAACGACUUCGAUGCCUGAAAAUCGAAAUAUCUGGAGGCAAUCUUUCCCAUGCGUUCGAUACGAUUCAAGAGAUGUGUGAUGGGAUUGACUUCAAACGCCCAGAGGCUAUAAACGGAUGGUUGGACCUUUGGCAGAAAGACAUCACUUCCACGUCGACUUCCGCUACAGACCUUUUCCGCGCAAUAGCCUGCCUACUGCCGCAAGAGCGGACGGGCUGGCCGGACUCAGUCGUCCGUGCGGACGUACUCGCUCAGAUGUUUCACAAUCUACUGGACAUCAUCGCAGCGAGAUACAAAGAAAUUUUCGAUACGAUUCUGUCUAGUUUGGACGAUUACACCAUCCUGGAAUGGUGUUUGACGAUGUUAUCCAAGGCGGGCUGCUUUGUUGAGUCUGGAAUCACCCAAGAUUGCCCAUCAAUAUGCCGCCUUAUAGUGGAACUUGCGCGCUCGGAAGAUACGCCGGCCUUUCAGCGCAUCAUCUUAGGAUGUGCAAUCGCCGAACUCAAAUCGACUUUAUCCCCAAGCGAGGCCUGGCUACCAGUUUGCAUACACCCGAAACGCACUCGCCGCGUCGUUCUGAGAGUGUGCAAGCAUCUCCUUGCAGAGACCGACGGAGAUCUUUGGCGACAGGACGGACCGCAAAACGCAACCGUAAACAGAUUCUGCCGCGAGCAUUACGCAGCGAUCGCAGCAACGCCGGACUCACGAUGGCCUAGCACGUUUGCAGAGGGGCAUGAGUGGGACAAAUGUGUGUGGGAGGUCCGGAGGAGAGGGUGGCCUGAUCUGACGGCGUUGUGUCAGGAGGACAUUCUGGCUGGCGCAAAGUUAGCCAGUUCUGUGGAGCAGGUAUAUUCUGAUUUCGAAGACGACGACGACGAUGAUGAUGAUGAUGACGAUGAUGAUUCGAGCGUGGACGAGGAUGGAGAGGAUGCGGAAAGCGAAGACGAGGAUGUGGAUGAACCAAGCGAAGACGAGGGGGUCGGUGAAACAAUCGAAGAUGAUCGCGGCGAUGGAGGGAGGGAGGUCUUGGCAGAUGGGCCAGUGCAAACACACAUCGACGAAAACGAUCAUCUUAUACCCGACGACGCAAGUGAGGCGAGUUCACUGAAUAGCGAGUGGGUAGUGGUGUAAGCCUCAAACUCUUUUACAUGGCUAUUGACUUGUCCUCAACGUGCGUCACUCAUAUGGGUGCUUUGCCCCCAUGCGUCGGACAUGGGCAGUAGAGGCUACUGUGUCCCCUAUAUAUAUAUGUAUGUAGGACUCGCCGGUGUUUUGGGUUCAAUUUUUUUGGACGGCGUGAGACCAAUGCACGCACAAGUUCAUGUAUCAUAGUUCAACAGGUCACUUCUUUUCGACCUAUGAGGAAGCCGCCCCGUAUUGAAUUCUGACGCUGGCCGGUGGUAAAAGGAAGACGUGGAGACCUGCGUGGAGACGUGGGUGGGUCUACGUGGGUGGGAACUUGGCAGCUCACAAGGUGAGUCGAAACCACGGG